AUGGGCGUGACGGAAGCGUCGCCGCUGCUGGGCCCUGACAGCCUCGAGAAGGCGUCGACCUCGGUCCUCCGCGACGAGCUUGCGCAGCUCCUCACGCUCAUGUACCCCGUGACGUUGACGUUCUUCCUCGAGUAUGCACCCGGCAUUGCGACGCUGCUGCUUGUGGGCCACUACCACGACCCGAUCGACGCGUCCAAGGACAAGCUCCUCCUCGACGCAGCGGCGAUGGCCAUCAUGUACCUUAACCUCACGGGGCUCACGAUCGGCCUCGGGCUCGCGUCCGCCAUGGACACGCUCUGCUCGCAGGCCUUUGGCGCCCACAAGCUGCAUGAGAUCGGCGUCUUCUUCCAGACCGGCGUCCUCGUACUCGGCGCCGCCAUGGUGCCCAUCGCGCUCCUCAACUGGAACUGCGCGGCCAUGCUUGUCUGGUGGCGCCAGCCCCAAGACAUUGCGGCCGACGCCGGCGAGUUUACGCAAAUCAUGCUGCUCGGCUUGCCUUUCCUCUUCCUCUACGAGCUCCUCAAGAAGGUGCUGCAAGCCCAAAACAUUGUCCUCCCGAUGCUCUACUGUGCGAUCGCGGCCAACCUCCUCAACAUUGGUCUUGGCUACGUCUUGGUGUACCACACAUCGCUCGGGUACCUCGGCGCUGCUGUCGCCCGGAGCAUCGCCAACGCAUGUUUGCCCGCGACGCUGCUCUUGUACAUCCGCAUGGAUCCUUCCGUGUGGUCGUCGUGCUGGCCAGGCUGGCAGCUACGCAAAGCGGCGUCCCAAGUGCCCAAGUUUGUCGCUCUCGGCGCGUCCGGGCUCCUCAUGGUGCUCUUCGAGUGGUGGAGCUUUGAGCUGCUCGUGCUCAUUGCCGGUGUCCAAGCCAACGCCGCCGUCGCCAUUGGCACCAACGCCAUCCUCGUCAACCUCACGAGCUGCACGUACAUGCUCUACUUUGGCAUCUCGACGGCUGCCAACGUCCGCGUUGGGAACGCGCUCGGCGGCCACGAUCUCCGGCGGGCGCACGUGGCGGUCGUCUGCGCCCUCGGCGUCGCCGCCUGCGCUGCGAUUGUCGUGGCCACGAGUCUCUUGGUGCUGCGCCCGCACCUCGCCUCCUUCUUCACGUCCGACCCCGACAUUGCAGCGCUCGUGGCCAAGGUUGCGGGGGCCAUCGCCAUGUACCAGCUCGCCGACGCGUGGAACACGACGAUUCAGGGUGUCCUGCGCGGGUGUGGGCUCCAGAUGACGGGCGCGGGCCUCAACUGCGUCGCGUACGCCGUCAUAGGCCUCCCGUUUGGCAUCUUUCUCGAUCUCUACUGCGAGUGGAACCUCGUUGGGCUAUGGGUGGGCAUGGCCACGGGCAUUUGCUUUGCGGGCGCCAUGGGCACGCUCGUCUUGUACAAAGCCAACUGGCAGGACCUCGUGAGCAAGGCCCAAGAUCGCGUCGAGACGUCAUAA